AUGGAUCCAGCAGGGUUGGUUUUUUUUUCCAAAAUUUGAUCGAAAAAUCCAUCGGAUCGUCCCUAUCGAUUUUCAAAUCUUCUCCCUUCUUUUUUUUUAUUGGGAAGGGACGAUCGUGGCGCACCCAAUUAUCAAUUUCUCGUUUACACAUGAGUUGAGCCCCCGAUCGGCUCUCUGUUCGAUUCGAUCGUUUUUUUAUUUUUAUUGCUCUGAUAUCCUUAUUUUUCUUUUUUUUUUCAGACGUCGGUUCAGCUCCGUGACUCAGAUCAACACCGAGGCGUUGCAGGCUAUGAAAAAGCGUUCGUUUUUCUUUCUUUUUCGUUAUUCGAAUCAACUGAACACCCUUUUUUCACUUUCAGUUUGUCGCGAAUAUCUAAAAAAAAAGUUCCUGGAGCGAUGAGCCAAACAAUGAGCUGGAAAAGCUUUACAGUAACCAAUAUGCUAUUGAAAUUACGUGAGAAAGUCCAGAAGAACUUUUUUGAACUUUCUCACCAGGUUGUGGCUGAACAUUGCUCAUGUUAGUGAUAUAGAUUCAUGACAGUUGUAAAAAUCGAGAGCCACUAUUAAUUUUUCAGAAUGGGUAACUUGAACUGCUCGUUCUUUGUAGUUUAUUUGGUCUGGGAAAAAAAUUACUUUUUCUACUUUUUUUCAAGGAUUUUUUUCGUUAGUUUUGCACUAAUUUUUCUACUAAAUUAAGGACAUCACAGUCUCAGAUAAGAUAAUGAACAGCAAGAGGUGAUUGAAAUUUUUUUUUUUUCCGAAAAACUAAUUUUGACCUCAGCGGACAAUCCAACUAUUAAAGCGGUAGAUAAUCGCUGCGCCAAGCGGCGAGUAGAGUAUGAAAUCUCCGAUCCAUUUAACCUUGAACUUUUGUACAAAAAGAAGGAUUUCAAGCCACAUCCAGAAAUAAUCAGAACUUUAUGUUUAAUUUUCAAAAUUAGGAAUUUCGGAGUGAUCCCCAUAAGAGUAAGGAGCCAAAAAUGUGGUCCCUAAAGAAGUUUAGGCUCUGACCUCUUAGUCUCUUAUGCACAAGUGGACCCUAUAGGGAUUUUUGAAUCUAAUUUUUAAAAAAACCGCUUAUUUAUUCAGUUUUUGCUUAUUCGCAUAGAGUUCUCCAAAAUUAUCUACCAGCAUGUCUCCUAUAAUGGCCACUAACUCAAAAAAGAAGACCACCAUUGCAAACUUUAGUAUUCUCAUAGGGGUUGGCAAAUCGGUCCCUAGAAGGGACCCUGAAAAAGCCCCUAAGGUUGCCCAUAUACGGAUCACUCAGGAGUUCCUAAAUAGCUUUUUUGAACAUUUAAAUCAACAUGAGAUCGCAAGUAAAUUUCUUCAUUUUUUUUCGAUCGACACUGUGUUGAAAACAUCACUGGAUUUGCAACAAUUAAAAAAAAAGCUUCAAAAGUUUGAAAAAUAAUCUUUUCGAGGCUUCCAAACUACUUUACCAUGAUAUUCAUUAAUUAAUAAUAAUAAUAAUAAUAAAAUUUAUUUCAUUCAAAAGGAAAAAAAUAGUCGUUGAAAGAAGGGUUUUUUUCUUCAGGGUCCGGAAUGGACGGGAUCGUCGAGGACGGUCCGGAACAUCGGACGCGCAAGUUCACGGCGACUCUAGGCCAUUUGGCCCUGUUCAAAGAGGAUGAAGGGACUGGAGCUGCGGCUUCUUUUAUUUCCGCCUACACGACGCCGGGUCCUGUCGAGAGGGCAACUAGUGAACAGAAAAAGGUGAGGAAAGUUUUAAGCUUGGGAUCAGCUUCAUUAAAAUGAGUGAAGAUAGAAAAAACUUAGAGACUAUGAAAUCGUCACUUGGCAGCAUUUCUUGAAGGAACAGAGCAUUUAGAAAACUAUGAAUCGAAAAAAAAACUCGUCCAACUGAUUUUGAAGAUCCUGCGCAGAAUCUGUCAGCAUCAGAACAGCGGGAAUAAAAAUCGAAAUUCAAAAAAAACACUGAUUUUCUAACACUUGGUCUCAAUUGAUAAAAAUUCUUUAUUGGCUUUUCUGACUCCAAAUUUUUCAACUGAUUCAAAAAAUCUUGCUGGAACUGUUAUAGGCAUUAAGCAAAAGCCUUAGUUCUGUGUAAGAUUGAUCCAGAUUUUUGCGCCUUCUGAAACCCAGAAGAUGUUGUGAAUCGACUAUAACCCCCAAAUCAAUCCAGGCGAAUCUUGGAACGAUGCUCGGUGUCUACCUCCCAACGAUUCAACACAUUCUCGGCGUUACCAUGUUCAUUCGAUUAUUCUGGGUCGUCGGCAUGGCCGGUGUCGGCUGGACGAUGCUCCUUCUAUUCAUUUGCUGUGCCUCUGUGAGUCUACCACUUCUUUUUGAUCUUUGGUGAGGUAGUCAGACUUAUCCUUUCCUAUUCAGACUCUCCUCACUUCGAUCUCCUUAUCAGCCGUGGCAACCAACGGAGUUGUGGAAAGCGGCGGAGCCUACUUCAUCAUCAGGUAUAUUCGAAUAUUAAAGUCAGGAAAUUUGGAAUUGAAUCCUAUGGGUGGAAUAUGCAUACAAAACCUUGCAAGUUAGUGUCCGUGGGGCGCACUUUAUUCUGGAUUUUUUCGCCCAAUUUUUCAUUUUUAUUCCUCUUUUUCACUGUUUCUAUUCUUGAAAUAUGCUUUUUGAAAGAAAAUUACCUCGAAAAUUUUAAAAAUUACACGAAACUAUGAAAAAUAAAUCUUCACAAGGUAUGAGUUCUGGUAAAACAAGGACAGAAUCUUGAAAAUUGGGGAAAAAAACUAGAAAAAAAAGGAAGCAAGUGCGCUCUGAUGAUAAAAAGGGCCAUUUUCAGUUUAGCGUAUUCAAAGCUAAUCAGCAUUAAAUUAGAAGCUCAAAAAUAAGAAUUCAUUCAAGUCAAUGUUGCGCUUAAUUUGAUUUUUUAGCCUUACGGACUACAGAGUGGUCCCUAUAGGGGCAAUCUUAGGGACCCUUCUAGCGACCACUUCAUCAACCUUUAUAGGACCGCUAAAGCUUGCAAAAGUGGUGCCUAUAGGGGACAUGCGAAACCCUAAACCCCCAUGGAGACCACCUAAAUUUUGGCCCCGUAGGGACUACCUUAAUUUUACCCCUUUCGGGACCUUUUUCGCCCCUGUAAAGGUUGUUCACCCCCCUAACCCCUAUAGGAACCACUCUGAAAAUCCUCAGCUCUGAAAAUUGCGAAACAUUUCUGAGGUUAGCCCUGAAAUUCAAAGCCAGAAUAAGGGUUUCUCGUUGUUUUCCGUUUUGAAAAUUAUGUCUUCCAGUCGAAACCUCGGAGUCGAGUUCGGUUCCGCCGUCGGAAUACUUUUCUACCUGGCCAACACCGUCGCCGCCUCCAUGUACAUUGUCGGUGGCGUUGAAGUCGUUCUGGUGAGUCUCAUUAACAAGGUGAUCCGUAUUUUUUGCGCUUCCAGAUGUACAUCUACCCAGAAAUGGCGAUCGGCGGCCGAGAGGCGCUGCACGACACAGAUGGUGUGGAAAAUCCCUUUUUCCUAUUUGAAAAUUAUUUUCCAGCAUUUGGAUCGUUAUACAACAAUCUUCGGCUCUACGGAACGAUCUUCUUGAUCAUACAGGCGUUGAUCGUGGCGAUGGGAGUGAAAUUCGUUCAGCUUCUGGCUCCAGUCUCAUUGCUCUGCGUCAUUCUGGCAGUUUUGGCUUGUAUAGCGGGCGGCAUCGAGAAGCAUAUCUACGGCGGUGGACAAAUGUGA